ACACGGGAAUAGUCCAAGAGAAUUGAAGAGAACCGAACUUACCAUAGGUCCAAGACCCGCAAAAAUACAGAGAUUGUCGAAGAUGGGUUCAAGGGGUUCGGGUGCUGUAUUGGGUGCCAUAGCGUCAAGGGCAAGCAGAAUUCAGCAGAAAUUGGAGUCCACGUUAGAACCCACUUUGCUUGAGGUUGAGGACGUCUCAUAUCAGCAUGCAGGUCAUGAGGCUGUCAAGGCUAAUGCCAGUGCCACUGAAACACAUUUCAAUCUCAAGAUUGUUUCUUCCAGAUUUGAAGGGCAAAACCUUGUUAAACGCCAUAGAAUUGUUUAUGAUCUUCUCAAUGAAGAGCUCAAAACUGGAUUACACGCCCUCUCCAUUGUUGCGAAAACCCCUGCAGAAGUUGGGGCCAAGUGAUACUUGAACCUGGAAAUGGGGUAAUGUUUGAGACGAGUGAAUUCUGUGCAAGAAAAGAUCACAUACAAGAAGGAAAUUAAAAUAGUGUGUAUAGACUACAAAUUUGGAUGAAAGGGUUCAUUUAAAAAAAAUGUUUGAAUAUGUAAAAAAUGAACAUACAAUCAGGGUUUUGUUUACCUUAUUACAGAACUAGCCUUUUGACGAGUGGAAACUGCAAAACCUUUAGCUUGCUAUAUAUGCUAAAUAAAUAUUCUUGGCAGGAGCAUUGUAAUUUUAAGGGCGGGAGAUAAUAAAAGGUUAAGGAC